CCGUCUGACAAAAAGCCCAUAUGAUCCCCGAGCUCCAAUCACCAAUUCCUUCUGCAAAAGCAGCCUCUGCAUUUUUUUUUUGUCUGGCUGAAUGCUACAGCAGCACGGGGGGAAAAAGAUUGAGGAUAAGGCAAAAACUGAAGAAAUGUGACAAUUCAACGCUCAUUUUCAUGGCGAAGGGAAAACUGGUGCGAAAGGAGUUAUUCUGGGACUCCUUUGAGCCUCGAAACGCUGGAUCAAAAUGCUCAUAGUGGAGAAGACCACAGACUUCCCCUCUGCUGAGUUCUCUCUGGUGGAGGAUGUGGCUCUGCACUUCACCUGUUUGAUGGACAGGCUGAACGAGCAGCGCCUCUUCCAGCCUGACCUGUGCGACGUUGACAUCGUUCUGGUGCGUCAGCACAGCACGUUCCCGGCGCACAAGGGCGUGCUGGCUGCCUACAGCCCUUUCUUCCACUCCCUCUUCGCCCAAAGCAAACAGCUGCGGCGGGUGGACCUGUCCCUCGAUGCCCUGACCUCUCAAGGCCUGCAGCAAAUCCUCAACUUCAUUUACACCUCCAAACUGCUGGUGAGCAGCCGCACCGUCCGCGACGUGCUCAACGCCGCUACCUUGCUUCAGAUGAGCGACAUCGCGGCCUCCUGUCGCGACCUCAUAAGCAGCCACUCGCUGAGAACCACCUGCGCCGACAUGGCCAAUCACGAAGGGCUCGGCGGCAGUGACCCAGCUGCUGUAGCGAUGCCCCCCGGCCAGCUGUACCGGGAGAUCAAACAGGAGUCGGAGCUGGGCAGGGUGUACACCAGAGAAGGCAGCAGCCCCUUCUCUGUCAGCGUGGAGGAAGCGGGCAAGACGGCGCCUCAGGCGAAGCAGUACUACCAGAAGGAGGAGGGUUCGGGGGGCGGGGGCGGCACAGGUGUGGCCGCCCUGUGCAAAGUGGAGGGCAACGGUGAGGAGUCCAAGACGACAGAUGGUCACGCCUCCUUCAACAGAAACCAGAUCAUCGUUGAAGUCAACCUCAACAACCAGACCCUCAACGUGUCAAAGGGGUCGGAGGGAAAAGCGGCCACCGGCGCCGAGGCCGCCGCCAUGUUCGGCCGCUGCCGCGACGACGAGCAAGACUCGGAGGGCGACGAGGAGAACGAGGCGGAGAACGACAACGCAGCCGAGGAGGACGAUGACGACGAGGACCUGAAGAGGAGCGACAUACUGGGGCGCAGCAGCGACGAGGAAGACGAGGAGGAGGAGGACGAGGAGGAGGAGGAGGAGAACACCCUUAACAUUCCAGGCUUGGAGCAGCCGGCCAUGGUGGAUCGGCCGCGCCGGGGCACCAGGGCCCUGUCCGUGGCGGGAACCACCGCCUCCAUGCGACAGACUCUCUCAGAGGCCACGCUGGCCAACCAGCGGCAGGGCGGGAAGAGGACGCUGGAGGCGGAGGGCCCGGGCCAGAAGGUGAGGCUGGAGGAGAAGCAGCACUUCCCGUGCAAGAAGUGCCCCCGCAUCUUCAACAACCGCUGGUACCUGGAGAAGCACAUGAACGUCACCCACAACCGCAUGCAGAUCUGCAACAACUGCGGGAAGCGCUUCCUGCUGGAGAGCGAGCUGCUGCUGCACCAACAGACCGACUGUGAGAAGAGCAUCCAGUGCGUUACUUGUGGCAAGGCCUUCAAGAAGCUGUGGUCGCUGCAUGAGCACAACAAGAUCGUGCACGGCUACGCCGAGAAGAAGUUCUCCUGCGAGAUCUGCGAGAAGAAGUUUUACACCAUGGCUCACGUCAGGAAGCACAUGGUCGCCCAUACGAAGGACAUGCCGUUCACCUGUGAGACGUGUGGGAAGUCCUUCAAGCGCAGCAUGUCCCUGAAGGUUCACUCUCUGCAGCACUCGGGAGAGAAACCCUUCAAGUGUGAGAACUGCAGCGAGCGAUUCCAGUACAAAUACCAGCUGCGCUCCCACAUGAGCAUCCACAUCGGACACAAGCAGUUCAUGUGCCAGUGGUGCGGGAAGGACUUCAACAUGAAACAGUACUUCGACGAGCACAUGAAGACGCACACCGGAGAGAAGCCGUACAUCUGUGAGAUCUGCGGGAAGAGCUUCACGAGCCGACCCAACAUGAAGCGCCACCGCCGCACCCACACCGGGGAGAAGCCGUACCCGUGCGAGGUGUGCGGCCAGCGCUUCCGGUUCUCCAACAUGCUCAAGGCCCACAGGGAGAAGUGCUUCCGCGUCAGCAACCCCAUGGUCGCCGACGGCAGCGACCCCCUCGGCCUGGACCGGCCGCUGGCGCCCCCCCCCGCCGCCGCCGCUGCCGCCGUGGACUCUUCCGGUCAGGCGCAGCUGGGGACGGCGCACCCCGCCACAUCUGUGACCACGCCCGCCGCUGCCUCCAGCCCCCACCCGCUCCACGGCACCCAGCUGUCUCUCCCCCUGCUGCACUCCAUGGGGGGGCUGCCUCCCACUCCGCAUUUACCCCCACCGCCUCCCCUGUUCUCUGCUGGUAGGAUGAACUCCAACAACUAACGAAAUCUCUGUAGCAUUCAAAGCACUUUGUUACUUCUUCUUCUUUUUUUUUUCUUUCUUUUUCUUUGAGCUUUUAAGAGGACUCCUGCAGCGGGAGAGUGAUAAGACCUCGGUGACAUUUCCACUGAAGGGGAAAAAAAAACUGAAAAAACACGCUACACGGAGGCCUCCUGAAAAAAAAAAAAACAAAGAAAAAAAAACACACACAUACACCUACCACAAUAAGAAAGAAUUAUUUUUUACUCUGUUGAAUACAAUAGAUAACCUCAGAGUCCAGUAGGACGUGUCGUGAUCACUCUUCUACUCAUGAAUUUCACAACUCUUCCCCCGGGUUUUCAUUUGAGAUUUUCCAACUUCCCCCAAGCAUCUCUCCAGAGCCUUGCACAACGCGUUGAUUGUAGCGACUUUUUACAAAGUGGGAGUGUUCCUAAAAACCUUCACUCACGUCAGUCAGGGGUCAUCAGUUGAACCACACCACGUUGAGAAGAUCCACUUCUUCUCCGCCAAGAUGUAGCGAGUGGUUCUGGCCUGACCCCAGCAAUAACCAAAUGCUGAUUUGUCUUCGAGCUUAUUACGUGUGUACGGCGUCGCCAAUAACCAAAUCCUGUUAGCUCACCCGCUUCUAGCUAGACGUCCUUAUACAGCAUUUAUAAUCGAUCCUGCACCUUACAUUUAACUCCAGUGAUAUUUAAAGUGUACUCCUAACCGUCUUCAUUUUUUUUUAUAAUAUGUGAUCGUGUGUGAUUCGUGGCACGUUACGUCGGUUUUCUGUGGACACAGGAGAAGUUGCGAUGCGUGGGGAGGCAGUGCGUUGUGUUUGUGACGGUGUGCGUGUGAGAUGCGAGGCAAGAGACCGGAUCUGAGAAUCCUCAAAUCUUAUGUUCAGCUAAGCUUGAGCUCCCCCUAACCCCACCCAAACCCCACCCCCCCCCGAGUCGGGAGAUGGAGAAAUUUGUCGCCCCUCAUCUUUUGCUUACAUUAAGCAAAGCGCGCUCCUCUCCUGCAGAUCUGGCUUUGUGACGAUACGGCACUUUUUCUGUGACUUGUUAGUAAAACCUAAUGUACUCCGACCUACAGUAUAUUUGUAGGUUUAAAUCUAAUGUUAUUGUUAACGUUAUUGCUUUUUUUUUUUUUUUGCUUUUUUUUUUGUUCUGACUAAACUGAAACUGUGUGAUUAGUCUCGCAGAGUAUUAUACGAGUGUAGGAAUAUCAAACUUAAGUAGCUGAAUUACAUGGGCACAUUUCAUCUUGAAAAGGUGGAACCCAUAUUGUGAAAUAUGGCUAAAUAGUAAAAUCUAACCAAAUCUCUUAAAGAGCAAUGACAGUGAUUACUUUUGGCACAACGGAACUUGUUACUAAAAAGGCACCUUACUGUUAUAUCACUGUUUAAAUGUGAUUUCUUUUUCUUUUUUUUGUUGUUGUUGUUAUUGUUCAAACGAUUAUCUGUAGCAGACUAUUUCAAUAAGUGUUGAUAAAAGCGUUUGUCAUAAAUCUACAAGAGUAGAUCUGGAAGAAAAAAAAUACAUAAUCAAAGCUCUGUUAGGAAAAAUCUCUCAUUUCUGGAAAUGUGCUUAUUUGCCUUCUUAUCGAGAGUUAAGGAGAAAAUUGAUGCCGCUCCAAUUAAAUAUGAACACACAUGUUGUCUGCAAACGGACUGGGAGUAGUGAACCAGGUUCAGAAAGAAAAUAAUUCUUGCACGAAUUAAAUAAGCAAGAAAAAGCUAAUUAUGCUGAGUUUACGCAACACAACUUUAGGCCCAAUUUAUCAGUGACUGAAUUUGGAGAUCGCCUACGAAAAGAGCAAUGGUCACUCAAAGGCGUCUUUAAAAGACAUAAUCUGAGAGUUGUGACGCAGACCAGAGAUAUUCAGUAGGUUCAAACUCUAAUACACCGUAGAGUCCAAAUUAUGAAUGUAGUGAAAUAUGUUCAGCAGGGACAACCUACAGCCAAUGAACCGAGGUAAAACGGCAUCUUUAGGCCCUCUUUCAUCAUUCUUUCCUCGCGACACUUUCCAUUUUAUUACCUGUGCACCAAUACACUGACAGCCACAACAUUAACAACAUUGGCACAAGGACAUUGGUAGUGGGAGCCUCUGAGGAUCAGACUUAUUCCAGUGCAUCCUGCAGAUGUUCGGUGAUGGGAUUUUUAGCUGUUUUUGUAGUGUGGGAGGUCCAAAUGUCCUGCUGCCAUAAAGGAGUGUUUAGGUGGGUGGUAUCAGUUUAAAUAAACAUCCACAUGAAUCCUUCACCAAAGGUUUUGUCAGCUGAAAGUUGCAUUGUAACCCAGUGUUAUUCAUUUCCCCUGUAAGUGGUUCUAAUAAUGUGGCUGAUCAGUGCAACUUGGAUUUGUAGCCUCUUGUGGCCAAUGAGAGAAACUUCCCUUAACUUGACGAAGACACAAAGUUGUGUAAUAUGGGAAUAUGUUUAGUGUGUAGAAUUAUUUUAGAGGUGACGAUAGAUGGAGCGUAACUGCCCCCACUUCCUGCUGCUUACCAGUCGUCAUGCUAAGCUAAGCUAACCGGCUUUAUACUGAACAAAUACCAACUAAAAAUAUCAAUCUUCUCCUUCAACUCCGCACGCGACGGCAGAUAAGAAAUUCCUCUCUUGCAUUUCAACCGGUUUCGUCUCGGAUGAAGAGUCUCUGUGCACUAUCGACGCGCUCCAGCUCACUUUAUCUCUGUGUACUUGUAGUGUAGCAUUAACCUGUAAAUACUGUUAAGACGUGUUUCUCCCUCGUGAUUAAUUCCUCAUGUUUACAUUUGGAGAGUCAGCUGAAUGUCCCCCCUCCCGCCCCCCGAAAUGUGUCUUGGCUGGUACUACGGAAAGUUUGUGGAUAUGCUUUUUGUAAAUGUAACAGGCUGUUAAUUGUUUUAUUUAAAAGACGGAUUUAAGCACCUUUCGUGUAGUCUUACGUCUAAGCUUGCCCAAGAUAUUGUACUCGACUGCCACGGCCACGUCUAAACUUAUUUAAUUGCGGUACAUUUCUCUUUCUUUCUUUUCUUCUUUUUUUUUUUUUUUUUUCAAUGUGUCAGACACAUGUUUUGUAGUUUGAUUUGCUGCUUUUGUACAGGGUCCAGUUUGAGACUGCCCUUUAAAUGAAACAUGUAGAGCUGUUGGAUUGUAUUGUCAUUGAAAUUAAAUCCAAUUUAGUCUUACUGGCCUGUGACCUCCGAGGUUGAAAACGGGCUAUAAUGAGGAGGUAAUUGCCAAAAUUGUCAAAGGACUUGAACAUAAUGGCAUUUCUCUUAGUUAAAUGUGCAAAAUGUCUAUUGAUGUAGCACUAUACUAUAAUAAAUGACAAAAAAUUGCACAAUGCAAAAAAAACAAAAAACACACACGAGGCACCUGAAGUCUGAAAUGCUACACUAAUAAGAGAUGGUCCCUUAAAAAAAAGUACUUUAUCAUUCAUAGAGUGUCUCUAGUUGUCACGGCUAAGCCCAUAGCAGCCUGGAAACGAGAAAAAGCUAAAUAAAUUCCGCCUCCCUGUUGCGAGAAGCACUAACCUGACAGACAAUACUGAGAUACUGUGUUGGUAAUUUGUGUAUUUGCCUUAUAAAUGGAGAGAUUUGAAUGUGUUUUGUGUGUCGUGGGUAGUGAUAGUAGCUGGUGGUGAGAGGUGGCAGGAGGAAUAGUAGUGAACGCUACUGAUUUAUGCACUUUGAAUUAGUUUGCCACACUGGCCCCGCAAAUGGGGCCGUGAAGAUAUACAAGGUGAAAAUAUAUGGCGGAGAUGAAGUGUACUGAAAGAAAAAUUAUGUCCGUAAGAUUAAAUAUUUACAGAAAAAAAGGAAAGAAAAAAAAACGUAAUCCAAAGGUAUUUUUUAUGGUUUUUAAUGUACCACACACAGAUAUCGGCUGUGUUUACAUGGACAAAUAAAAAGGAAUAAAAGCCCAGUUAAAGAGUUAAAAAACAUCAGCCUGGUGUUUGUGGAGAGUAGAUUUUGGAGGUGGCAAAACAACGACUUGUUCAAACAAAUGUGAAAAAAUGAACAAAGCUGGCAUCGGUGUGAGCAGUGUUGCUGCAAAGGUGGUUCUUUGUGGGUCUGUCUUCUUGUUGUUAUUAUUCUGGGAGAGUGAAGCACAUGCCACAAACGUUACAUUUUAAACACGGAUAAUUUCAUUAAAGUUAUGUAAACAGUUCAGUUGUAAUCUGGUUAAAACCAUUUUAAUCAGAUUUAAGAAGUAUCGUCCAUGUAAACAUAGCCACCGACACUCGUUUAAAACUGCAGUAAAUUUCUGUGCAAUUUGCUUAAAAGUGAGUUUCGUAACUUGCAGAGGCGUCAGACCGGAGCCCGCGCGGCGCUUUUUUGCAUCCCAGAAUAACUCGCUUGCUGUAAUGCGUUGCGCUGAGGGUAACUCGGCCGUGAGGAGUCAGUUGUGUGUGACUUAGAAGCUAAACUUGUGUUUCAGCCGGCCUGUUUUACACUGUCCCACUCUUUCACGAGCUAUCUGUGACUCCUCCCUGAGGGUGCGUUCAGAGCAGCUGCUGCUCCAUCAGUUUCACCUGGUUAGUUCUCUGAUCACCAACACAAUCAAGAGAGAAGCCACUUUGAGGUUUUUUUUUUUUUUUUGCAGUUUUUUUUUUUUUUGCAGUUUGCUCCUGAAGAAGGAGCUUUGACGUGAGACUGUUAAAUUUCAUGCUAGUGAAGGAAGGUGUCGGUUGCCAAAUUGAGUAAUGAGAAAGGUAUUAAUUCUAAGAGCACUUUACUUCAAUUCAGCUGUGGUAGGGUUUGAAGGCUGAUACAGUGGCAGCUAUUCAAAUCAAAUCUGCUGAUGGCACGUGGUUUUUUUUUAUAGCUUGGCAAAAGAUCAUAGGAAAUUACCCAAAUGCAGUUUCUGACAAAAAAAUGUGUCCUUGGCAGGUGUUCAGUCCUCUGAAACAGCAUUUGAACAAAAGGGACAUCAAAAGUGUUUGUUCAGGCCCUGCAAAAAUAAUUCCUGUUAAAUGUACCUGUUUGGAAACAGAUCAAGAGAUCUGCUCUGACUACGGGCUUCCAACCAGUGUAGUAUUAAUAUAAAUCAAACAAACCGCAUCACACCCUUCAUACUGGAAGUGAAUGACACUAGGCAGAUGAUUUUUUUUAUUUAAGGCCAAACGUAUCUACACACAUGUCUAAACUAUAGAUGUAUUAUUAGUUUUGAGCCCUCUUUACACACUAUGUUACAUGUGUAGCGCAGGACACGGUAACCGCAGAAUAUGGCUUUAAAACUCUAAAUCCAGCCUAGAAAGCAGAAUUUGUAUGUUAAUCCUCGUCUUGGAUUAUUCACUGAACCAGUCUUCCCUAAACCCAUCCGCAAAGACAAAACCCAUCUGUAGCAUUAUUAAAGCGACACUUCAUCCUGCUACACGAGUGAGUUCGUUCAAUGUCCCUGACAGCUGUCAAAUCCC